GUUUGCUCCAAUUCCUUUGUCCACGACAUCUACAUUCUCUGAUUUACCUUGCAUUGCAUUGUAUUUCUUGAUCAGCCCAGUUCCACGUCGACUACAACAAUCCUUCCGACGGAAUGAGCUAGUUUCGCGCCCCACGACAAACCGACCCAAAACCCGCUCCUUGUUGGUUUAAAGUAGUAUUUAUUGGUGUCCGUCCUUCCCCAUGGCUGCAUCUUCGACAAUGCCUCGAAUGCAAUCUUCGCUGUCAUUCUUUGCAAAGUUACUCCUAUUCGUUUGCCUCCUCGCAUCGACCGUCGCCGAGUCCAUGACGCUUUCCGACGAUGUCCUUCGGAAUAUUCCUUCGCCAGGCGACGACUUCGAUAUCAAGAAUGGCAAGCUGCUCGCUCCUAUUCUAAUCCCUCGUGUCCCUGGUACCCCGGGGCAAGUGCGCACUCAGAAGCACUUUGUCGACUUUUUCAAGGAGAAUCUUCCUGAAUGGACCCUCGAGUGGCAGAAUUCCACUUCAAAGACACCUGUCCAUGGAAACAAGCAGGUCCCCUUCUCCAACCUCGUUUUUAGAAGAGAUCCCCCAUGGGCGCAAAACGGCGAUGUGAGUCGCCUUACGCUGGUCGCGCACUACGAUAGCAAGUAUGAACCAGAAGGCUUCAUCGGCGCAAUUGAUAGCGCUGCGCCAUGUGCCAUGCUGAUGCAUGUUGCGCGGAGUGUUGAAGAUGCGCUCAAGGCGAAGUGGAACAAGAUGCAAAAGGACGGUACCAUGGAUGAUGGGCUCGAGGAGACACAGGGACUUCAGAUCCUCUUUCUCGAUGGCGAAGAAGCUUUCAAGCAUUGGACAGAAGAGGACUCGCUUUACGGAGCUAGAUCGCUUGCUGCGGAUUGGGAAUCUCAGUUCCACGGCUCUCUGGCAACUUACAGGAAUCCUCUUGACUCUAUCAGUUUAUUUGUCCUUCUUGACCUUCUCGGUUCUCCAAACCCUCGUAUUCCUUCCUACUUCCUCACCACACAUUGGGCAUACCGUGCCAUGGCCAGCUUGGAGGAGCGCAUGCGAAAACUUGGCGUUCUCGAGACCAAGCCUAAGAUCCCUUUUUUGCCAGAAGGCGACAAAUCUGCCAACCGUUUUACACGCAGCUUCGUCGACGACGACCACCGACCCUUUAUGGAGCGCGGCGUUGACAUCUUGCAUAUUAUUCCAACACCAUUCCCCGAUGUCUGGCACGAGUUGACGGAUGACGGCGAGCACCUGGAUCUACCAACAGUGCGUGACUGGGCAAGGAUCACGACUGCGUUCGUGGUGGACUGGAUGGGAAUCCAAGACUUUAUGCCCAAGCUGGAAGGGACUAAGGCAAAGAGGGAUGGUGCGGCUGUGACAACUACAUCGAGCAAGAGGACGGAACUCUAAGAAGCUAUAAAAGUACAUACUCACUUGGAGAAAUGUCGGUGGGUUUCUUGGGGCUGUUGCUUGGCGUUAAAGGCGCGAUAGUUAUGAUGGAAAGAGUCAUGUAAUGAAGGGAUGGUUCAUGUUACAAAUUACUGGAGUUAAGGUUAUCUUUGAUCUACAAAGAUAUUUGAAUUUAUCAUAUUGACUGUGUCAUAUUUG